AUGGAGAUCCGACCAGACAGGUUUAAGGCGGCCGCGGGUAGAACUCUGGGGAAAAUUAACAGGCUGAUUGAGAAACGGCAGCCCAAUGGAGAAACCAUUGAACUAUCAGCGGAGGGCCGUCCUGAGCUGGUGGAGGAGAAGGAGCUGCCGGUGGUGGACUGUACCUGCUUUGGCCUUCCGAGGCGCUACAUCAUCGCGAUCCUGUCUGGCCUGGGAUUCUGCAUCUCUUUUGGCAUCCGGUGCAACCUGGGGGUGGCCAUUGUAAGCAUGGUGAACGACCACACUGUCUUCAAAGGCAACAAGGAAGUACUCGUGGCUGCACAGUUCACCUGGGACCCCGAGACAGUGGGAAUGAUCCACGGCUCCUUCUUCUGGGGCUACAUCGUCACACAGAUCCCGGGUGGCUUUAUAUGUCAAAGAUUUGCAGCCAACAGAGUGUUUGGCUUUGCCAUAGUGGCCACAUCCACCCUCAACAUGCUGAUUCCAUCUGCUGCUCGCUGCCAUUACAGCUGCGUCAUACUGGUUAGGAUAUGCCAGGGCCUUGUUGAGGGUGUAUCCUACCCAGCCUGCCACGGGAUCUGGGCCAAGUGGGCUCCUCCUCUUGAGAGAAGUCGAUUAGCCACAACAGCCUUUUGUGGAUCCUAUGCCGGGGCAGUGGUGGCAAUGCCUUUAGCUGGGAUACUGGUGCAAUACACUGGGUGGCCUUCAGUCUUCUAUGUCUAUGGCGUCGUUGGGAUAUUCUGGUAUUUGUUUUGGAUUCUGGUGUCGUAUGAGAGCCCCGCAGCCCAUCCCACCAUCACACCGGAGGAGAGAAAGUACAUUGAAGAUGCAAUCGGAGAGUCCGCCUCCUUUCUUAAUCCUCUGCAUAAAUUUAAAACCCCAUGGAGACACUUCUUCACCUCCAUGCCAGUCUACGCCAUCAUUGUGGCCAACUUCUGCAGGAGCUGGACGUUCUACCUGCUGCUCAUCAGCCAGCCAGCCUAUUUUGAAGAAGUCUUUGGCUUUGAGAUCAGCAAGGUGGGAAUGGUGUCAGCUUUGCCCCAUCUGGUGAUGACGAUCAUCGUGCCGAUUGGAGGCCAGUUGGCCGACUACCUGAGAACCCACAACCUGAUGUCCACCACCAACGUCAGGAAGCUCAUGAACUGUGGAGGUUUUGGGAUGGAGGCCACCCUCCUGCUGGUGGUGGGAUUCUCUCACACAAAGGGUGUUGCCAUUUCCUUGGUCCUCGCUGUGGGCUUCAGUGGAUUUGCCAUCUCAGGGUUUAAUGUCAAUCACUUGGACAUUGCCCCUCGAUAUGCCAGCAUACUGAUGGGCAUCUCAAACGGGGUGGGGACAUUAUCUGGAAUGGUGUGUCCUCUCAUAGUGGGAGCCAUGACCAAACACAAGACACGUGAUGAGUGGCAGUAUGUCUUCCUAAUAGCUUCCCUCGUACAUUAUGGAGGAGUGAUUUUCUAUGGACUCUUUGCAUCGGGGGAAAAGCAGCCAUGGGCAGACAUAGAAGACACCAGUGAGGAGAAAUGUGGUAUUAUCGAUGAAGAUGAACUGGGCAAUGAAACAGAGGAACUCUACCGUGGAGGCGGGCAGUACGGGGCCAUGAGCAAACCAGUUGUUGGUUCCAACAGAGGACGGACCGGAGAAGGAGGAGAAGCAGGCGGAGGCGGAGGCGGAGGUGGAGGCGGAGGCGGGCCUGGAUGGGUGUCGGACUGGGAUAAGUCUGAGGAGUAUGUGCAGCCACCUGGAUACAACUCUUACAAGUAUGGAGGAGAAGAUGAGAGGGAGCUGACAUAG